GGUAGUCAUUUUCCGUUUCUUCUUCCCUCUCCCCUCUGGGGCAUCAAUCCCUCCCUCCAUCGCCGCCAUCUCAAAGCUUUCUUCCUCAUAUCGCAAGCGAAUCUUCACUAGAAAGGCCUGAAUUCUUGGCCAUGUAUCCUUUCAGGCCCAACCUCCUGAACACCCUCAGAUCCAUGAAAUACCUCCAGAGAAUGCGAUUCGUCUCCGCCGAUCGGGACAUCGCCGCCGCGGCUCGCGGCGUCGAGAAGGAUCGGGAAGAUCAGAAAGCCUUGGACGACGGAAUCGCUCACUUAUCCAUCAAAUCUCUGUACAAGGUCACCAAUAUGGAAGACGAGGUGCUUCCCCUAUUACUCUCUUCGGCAAUCAAUUUCAUCGCCUUCGCCGGCAAAAACCAGGACGAGGUCCAAAUAUCGCUUCCAUUCAAGGCCGCGGAUAAUUCCGUGAAGGAUGCGAAUCUCUUCGUCAAGAUCGUAGAUCCGAAAAGUCCGCCGUCAUUCACGAUGGUAGAUCCUCUCUUUGAGGCGACGCAAUUGGCUGAGAUGAUGACUUGUAUGCUCGGGAUGGUUUUGUCGAAUGAUCAGACUGUAGUGGAGUCUGUUCAGGGCGGCCAGACUCUGCUGGUGAUGACGAGGAAGAAGGACCAAGAGGAAGUGCUCAACAGGGCAUUGCAGAAGAGGCUGAGGCGGUUCAGGGACAGGAAAUUGAUGGGGAAGAAGUAUUUGGAGCACAUGUUGGAGCCAUUGAAGAGUGUUUGAGCUGCUCUGAAUUCUAAUACAGAGAAUGAUUGAUCCGUGUUCUUCGUCCCUGGUUUUUAUGGUUAAUUAAUUACUAGAUGUAAUUUCUUCUUGAUGUAGGAGAGUUAUAUCCUUUGAUUUGAGAUUAUUACCCUAAGAUUUUUGGACUGUCUUAAAAUGAAUUUGGCGGUGGCUCCAUUAUUCACUGUACCGCCAGGAUUGAGUCCCGGUUUGCUCAAUUCACCUGGAUUCUUCUCUCCCUCUCCUCAGGCAUUUUCUGUGAAGAUCCUCAAUGGAGCAGGUGAUUGUCAUAAUGUCAUCAGCUUUUGGUAGUUUGUCAUCCUGAUUCCUGAGCCAACAUGAGAAGUGCCAUGUCAACUUUGGAGUAUCUUUGAUUGGCUGCUUCAUCUCUCCCACAAAAUGAGAUCUGCUACCUUGGGGAGAAAAAACUCAGAAGACAAUGGGUUUGCGAUUUGUCAAUACAACUCGGAUGAGGAGAUGCCUAUGUACGAAGAAAAUCGACGAAGAAAAGAAACGAAGAAACCGCCAAGAAAUUCGAAGCUGAGAGAUUCACAAUGCACUAACGGUGAAUUUAAUCGAACAUAUCUCCAGUCACUCGAAUAAUUAGUAAUUUGUUUGUAGUGCUGUUUUUUUUAUGGAUCAAAAACUGUCAUCCAAUAGCCAAACAAACUUGCAAUAAAGGACAAUCUGGUCAAAAUUUGAGUAAAGAUUUUGGUACCAAGGUGUAACAAACAGCAAUUGUAUAUACAUCCUCCAACUUCAUCACCAAUUUAGCCAAACUUAAGGCUCUUCGAAGCAAACCAAAUCAGAAUUAAACUACAAAUAGAAGUUGCACAACCAAACAGAAUUAAACUUUUACAAUUAGACCUUGUCGGCAAAAUACCAAGCUUUUUUUGUCACAUGUUCAAUAUGUAAUUAUAUAUAGUAGACCAAAAAAAGUUGGGUUCCAUGAAGACCGCAAAUGAUAUUUGACAGCUAAACCCCAACACUAAUAAAGAUCUGUAUUCAUAGUUUGUAAAAUCAUAUGAUUGGGUCUGAAAAAGAGUAAAUGAGAAAAUGAGUAAUUUUUCCGCCAAAUGUCAUUGAUAUUGAACUGCCAAGAGAUAUUAUGCCUACUUUUACAACACAAACAUUUCAGCCUUGAGUUAGAAUUAGAGAAAUAAUUUUUUCAAUAAAACUAACUUCAAUUUCUUCAUAAAACAUGUAAUAUACUCCCUCCGUCCCGGAGUAUUCGUCCAGUUUUGAUUUUUGGAACUAUUCAUCUAAGCACUUUGACUCAUCAAAUUCUCUCAAUGUGUAAGCCUAAAUAUAGUCAUGGGUGAUCU